UCUCUCUCUCUCUCUCUCUCUCUCUCUCUCUCUCUUUCUCUCACUCUCUCAAUUUCUCACUCUCUCACUCUCUCACUCUCUCACUCUCUCUCUUCUCUCUCUCUCUCUCUCUCUCUCUCACUCUACGUCCGUCUACUUGGAAGAGCAAUUCAAGGAAUACGUCCAGAUAUGUGAGCGUCCCGGUUUAGCGUCGGCUGGCUGAAGACAGAUUGAGGAAGUGGACCGGUGCGGAGGUAUCGGUGUGGACGUAUCGAUAUCGGGAGCAGAUCUGAGGUAACUUCGUAGGCUACCCGUUGCAUCGCGACGUGACCACGGGGGAUGCAUUGAGUCGUCAGAGGCACCGAAGGUCUCGACUAAAACACCGUGGACUACUUUAUUGUUACUUUGGAUUUGUUAUUUACUUCCCUAAUCGGGAAAUCAUCGGUGCAGUGAGAAUGCAGCCGCCGGCGACCCUGCAGAUCCCCCUGCAGACCCCCCUGCAGACCACGCAGCAGACCACCCAGCAGACCCUCCAGCAGACCCUCCAGACGACCCCCCAGCAGCCGAACAGCGACGACCAGGACCCGGCAGAAUGCUUUAACAAGCGGAGGCUGAGGGUUCACCAUCUCACCCGCGUCCUGUUCGCCCACUCCCUGGUGGUGUUGGUGGUAGGUCUGGUCUGCGCCACACUCACCGAAAACGUAGCGGUAUCCGGCUACUACUCCGGAGUCAUAUUGACUUUUGGAGCUUUCCUAGGCCUCGUUGGGAUGCACCUCCAGGAGAACAGACGGCACAUGUUGAUAGCCGCUAUAAUCUUCAUCAGUCUCGGAGUCAUUGCUGCCUUCUUCUGUGCCAUUUUCGACGGGGUGAUCGCUGGCGAGUGGAUAGACAUUCAGCCGCUGCUGGACGGCAGCUGUGACUUCUACUCAAGUACCCUGGGAUACGGCUACGACACCUACUACACACAGAUUCAGUGUCCCUCGCAACAAGGAACAGGAUGCAAGCUGAAAGUCAGGCACAACAGCUGUUACUGCUGCUACAAAUGUGAUAGCUAUUUGGACCAGUACCAUAUUUUCGAGGGGGUGAACAGCUGCUGGGAUGUGGUCCACCUCCACCGGCUGCUCUGGACCUCUGUGUGCCUCAACAUCCUUGCUGUCAGCCUGGGUGUCAUCACCGCCGCACUGCUUGGAGCCUACAAGGACCUGCCCAAGCCGUCCCUCCAUGUGGCUCCAUCCCCGGCACCCCUCCCCCACUUCCUCUACAACCCCACCCAGCACAUGAUGACCUACCCGAUGCAGCCCUACCUGACCCAGCCGGUGAUGCACACCCCACAGUACCACCCUGAGGGGCAGCACCACGCCUCCGACCAGUCCCGGGUGCCUCACCCCCCCACCCAGCCUAACCAGGAGGAGGGGGGGCACCCUGACCUCUACACCCUCACCCCUGACGCCCCUGUGCUCUACGCCGCGGCCUACACCCCCUUCGUGAAGCCCCCGCCUUACGCCUACUAGCGACCUCCUGACGACCUACCUUCAUGGCCACGCCUCCCAUCCUCACAGGACGUAGCGUCCCGUCCUCCUGGACGUAGCGUCCCGUCCUCCUGGACCUAGCGUCCUGUCUUUAUAGGACGUAGCGUCCUUCCUUUAUAGGACGUAGCGUCCUGUCUUAACAGGAAGUAGCGUCCUGUCUUUAUAGGACGUAGCGUCCUGUCUUUAUGGGACGUAGCGUCCUGUCUUUAUGGGACGUAGCGUCCUUCCUUUAUAGGACGUAGCGUCCUUCCUUUAUGGGGCGUAGCGUCCUGUCUUUAUGGGACGUAGCGUCCUUCCU